AUGCGCUUGGUCGCCUCGGGCUUCGGCGCGCCCGCCUCCUCCGCCGCGGCGACCUCCUCCUCGGUCGGCUCGACGACCCUCUCGAACGGCUGCAGCUGGCGCCACACCGCGUCGACGCAGGCGCGGCAUCCCACGCGGUGCCGGAGGAUCUCCCCCUGCCUCGUCGCCAGCGCGUGGAUCGCGCGGAGGCCGGCGAGACGCGCGGCGUCCUCGGCGUCGGCGUCGAGGAGCUUCACGAGGUUAUCCACGACGUCCGUCUCGGCGAGUACGUCCGCAUCGUUCCUGAAGAGACGGGGGGGGGCAUCGCGUCCGGGUCGCGGGGUCAGGAUGGCGUUUGGACGGGUCGACGCGGGUAGCACGAGGCUCGUCCCGAAUCGGGAUCGUCGCCUUUUACUCGGGAUGCGCGCGAUUGCUUCCAGCGGCGCGGACGUACCCGGGAUCCGUCGCGAGUUCCCUCAGCUUCGAGGCGGCGUCCGCGCGUCCCGCGUUGUCGGUCGAGUCGCGAAGCUCCUCGGCGACCGGCGCGACGAGGUUGGGACGAUCCCCAUCCUCCGCGCCCUCCCGCGCCAUGGCGCCUCGCGGGUCUGGGGCGCAGCGGUCCGUAUCGGGCUGUCCGUCAUCGUUCGUCACGCCAGAGUUGAAAAAACCGAGAUGCGAGGGACGCGCGUCAUCAGAGCCCGAGGCGCGAUGGGUCGCGGCGGGCACUCCGACGACGAGGGUACCCCCUACGACCAGCGCCUCGAGGAGGUCGAGUUCAUGCGCAGCGCCUGCGUCGCGGCGCAGCGCGGCGACGUCGACAAGCUCCGCGCCAUGCUUCACCGGAGGCCGGACGUGAUGCUGGACGACGGCGUCGGCGGCGACAGCGGGUACACGCCGCUGCACUACGCCGCGCGCGAGGGCCACGCGGAGUGCGUGCGCGCGCUGUUGGCGUCGGGCGCGAACGCGAACGCGCGCACGAGGGCGGGGGGCGCCACGCCGCUGCAUCGCGCGGCGUUCACCGGGUCCGGCGCGUGCGUCAUGCUGUUGCUAGAGGGCGGGGCGGACCCGUGCCUGAGGGAUGCCGACGGGGAGAGCGCGCUGCACAAGGCGAGCGCGAACGGUCACGCCGACGUGGUGAGGGCGCUGCUUCGCGCGGGGGGGGAGCGGGGGAUAGCGGGGGAGCGGGAUAGGAAGGGGAUGACGCCGGUGGAGCGCGCAGCGGACGAGGCGACCAGGGCAGCUUUCGGCGAUCGAGUCGGGAAUUGCUGA